UUUCUCUUUGCUCCGAAACACCGCGCGACCCCUGAGGCUGUCCGACUUCUCGCUUACUGCGUACUAGUUACCCAGUUAUGCGAUGCAAGCCGCGCCUGGCUUCAUUGACACGGUGCCCUCUGUGCACGCCGGGCUUUGAUGUCCCUGGGUGGUCAUGGCAGGUUCCAACCACCAAUCCUAUCGACGAAGAAAACGGGAUACCACAGGCCGUACGGUAGACCUGCUGAACGGUCUCACUGCAGGCGAUACACCCCCACCAUCGUCUCCUCGCAGUAUUCUUGAAACGCCGCAAUCGACGGAUGCCAGACAGGCUAGCCCAGGGGAGGAUCGUCAUGGCGCUAAACCCGGAGCUUCUAGCAAUGAGUCUGCUGAAGAUGGAGAUGCUGAGUCCAGCCAUGGAUCGGACGCAAGUGAUUCUGACGAUCUCCCAUCGAUAUCGAAGAUAUUUGAACAGAGGGAAAGUGAGUCUGAGGGAGCCCUGACCGCCAACGAUCACGAAACGUCGAGUAGCGAUUCACCCGCCUAUGUCGAAUUGCUCCCACCUUCGUAUGUCAGCGACGAGGAGGAAGAGAGAGAAGAGGAGAAACAGCAAGGGAAAUUACAGCCAUUAGUGGAGGUUGCAGUACCAAUCUUGUCAAGCCCCUUCGCAUCGUCACCUAGCGCAGAUUCGCAAUCUUCCGAACAAAUGGACACGGAGAUGAGAAAUGCAGAUGAACAGUCACGAGAAGAUUCAAGUGCCGAAUUGGAUGGGGACGCCGCCGAAUCGGCCAGUGGCUGUUCUGAUAAUGGAUUGGAAAGGUCGGCAUCGACUCCAGAGGACACCCCAGAUCCCUUAUUCCUUGAGGCUUCACAAUUUCUGAACUUAGAGGACAGCUGGUCGAUCCUAGUCCAGCGAGCACCCCAACUCGGUGACUUCGCAGAAGACAGAGAUGCCAGCCGCUUUGAGAACAUCAACGGACUUUUGGAAGAAUUGCUUCAGUUAUACCCUGAUCCUGCGAAUGAACAUUUCAACGGCCAUCGGGUUCCAUCUGAUGCGGCUCACAAUCUGAUCCAAGCGAUUUUUGAUGAGGCGAUGGGAUUCCUGAACAAAGCCUGCAGAGAUGCGAAGAACCUGGACGCUCAAGGCUCCAGGGCUAGAAGAAAGUACCUCUCUGCGACAGAUCUAGUGGAUGCAUUUGAAGCCCAUGUGAUCCCAGCGCUCACUUUAGCUACUUGUAUGAGCUUACGAGCCCACUACGUUGAUGGCAAGCUCCGUGGACUUGGAGACCUUAUGCACGCAUUGAAAGUUCUGUAUAGACUCUGUGAAAGGAUUUCCAACUUGCGUACGGAAGGCUGUCUUGAUUGCUCGGCGCGUAGCAGAUUUCUUCUCCGCCCUGUUAAGAGAAUUCUUACAGCCCUCGAAUAUGAAUCAUCCGGGCGACCGCCGCGCGCAGCUCCUCCGCCUAAAAGGCGACGCUCGAAUACUCCGGAAGUGAUAGAAUUGGACAGUGAUGGGUCCAUCAGCCCCGUUCGAGGCUCUCAAGCAAGAUGGACUCAUCAGGAGGGUGAAGCUCUCCUCGACGGGCUCAAGCUCUAUCAAGGUCCGGAUCGUUAUCGUCAGAUCAUCAAGCAUUAUGGACACAGGCUGAAAGGGCGGACGGUAGCAGACCUACAGGCGAAGGCUCGAGAGAUCCGUGACAAUUACAGACCGGGGAUCCAAGAACAGCUACGGAGUCACCGGGGCCAGCAACAGUGGGCAUGGCUGCUGAGUGUCUAGAUAGGUACAUGAGAUAUUUGAAGCGUUGGUAUUUACGCAGGAUGUAUGGAGUACUUCUUGGGCUCAGAUAGGUUUGUUUAUUUAUAUGCCGUUUAGGACAUGGCUUCAUAGAAUCGCAUCAUUACCGAUCAAUUAUAUUUAUCCGUG